CGUUGAUGAGACAACAAAUUUAUACUACGCAAAUAAAAAAGUUAAUAGUGUUAUAACUUUCAUCACGAUGUUGAAUUGGGUGUAUUGAACUUUCGCAAUCGAUAGGCCUUAAGAAUUUUCAAUGAUGGGGCUUUUGAGUAUAUUAAAAAAGUUGCGUUCGAACCCAGAGAAGGAGCUGCGCUUGUUGUUACUUGGCUUGGAUAACGCUGGUAAAACUACGAUUUUAAGACAACUUGCAUCUGAGGAUGUAACGCAUGUAGCACCGACUGCUGGAUUUAAUAUCAAAUCUGUAUUAUCCAAUGGUUUUAAAUUAAAUGUCUGGGAUAUAGGAGGACAACGAAAGAUUAGACCUUAUUGGAGGAAUUAUUUCGAAAACACCGAUAUUUUGAUCUACGUUGUUGACUGUUCUGAUCACCAACGUCUCGAGGAGACUAGUCUAGAGCUGGCUGAACUGUUGCAGGAUGAUAAGUUAAGAGGUGUACCAUUGCUUGUGUAUGCUAAUAAGCAGGAUUUAGCUUCAGCACUUCCUGCCAGCGAAGUGGCCCAGCUCCUCGGAUUGCACUUAAUCAGGGACCGCACUUGGCAGAUUCAAGCUUGUGUUGCUACUGAUGGAACUGGCAUUAAGGAAGGUAUGGAGUGGGUUUGUAAGAAUAUGCCAACUAAGAAGUAAAUUCUUUGUUAUAGUUGAAUUGAACUCGUAUUAAUAGAAUAAGAUAUACCGUCUUAUUAAUAAACGUGGAAAAAACGGGCAUUGAGGACUACCGGCAACCACAGCGACACUAUCGAUAUCCGUUUGCUACUUGUUUGUGUUAUUUUUGAUGCAAAAUAUUAAUUGGUAUAGCAAUAUUUAAAAUGACUUUGUAAAGUUACAACCGACAUAUCUUUUUCAUUUGACCUCCUUUGACGCAUAGUGUUGUGUUGCCUACUCAUAAAAUAUAACACGUUUAUUCAUAAUAUUAUAAAAUUAUUUGAAUUUAACAAUUUAAAAAAAAAGAAGCAAAGAGCACAAAACUUUAUGGUAUUACAA